UUGGCCACUUGGCCAGGCGGGCAGGCGUACGCAGCAUGCACACACAUGCAAGCGACAGGGAGGAAAAGAGAUAGACGAGCAGUAUGGCAGCAUUGACAGUUGUGUGACUCUUGUUUUCCCUUGACGUAUCGAUUCACCAGAGAUAAAAUAAACGACGCUCGAUCACACGGAACGCUCGAUUCAUAAUAGAUAGUUCAAGUGCUUGGCUUUUCGAGAUGGGAGUGAUAUUCCUUGAGCACAUCGGUGGCAGUCGCCUGUUCUCUUGCGCUUCCUGCGACACAAAUCUCACUAACAGGUCGCAGCUCGUGAGCACACGCUUCACGGGUGCCACGGGACGCGCUUUCCUCUUCAACAAAGUCGUCAACCUGAAUUACAGUGAGGUUCAGGAUAGAGUGAUGCUGACAGGUCGCCACAUGGUACGAGAUGUCAGCUGCAAAAACUGUGAUGCUAAGCUCGGGUGGGUGUACGAAUUUGCGACGGACGAGCAACAACGUUACAAGGAGGGUCGUGUUAUUCUGGAACGAGCUCUUGUCACCGAGAGCGAUGGAUUGACGGAGCACAAUGUUCAACAAUAAUGUUCAAAUAAUUAACACCAAGUAGCGUUUAAUACAUUAAGGAAACAAUCUAACACAUAGGAUCUCUUAUAAAUUAUUAUAAUUUUUUAACUUGUUGUCAAUUACAAGAGAUUCUUGAUUAGUGCCCGACUUGUUUGCGCUGUAGGCAAGCACCGUUGACGCUGAUCCAUUUUGUGAUAAGUGACCGUCAACAUUUCGUGAAUAUGGUACGGUUCCUAUUUUGCAAAAGGAAAAAAAUUUCAGAUUUUAUUUCAUAUUUACGUCACCCUCUCUGAUUAUUUAGUCCACAUAUUUUGCAUUAAAUCUUAUUCACGACAAUUGUUGAGUUUACAUAAGUGUAAAUCAUAAACAUCAUUUUGUACACAUAAUUUUUCUUGUAGAUGGAACGUUAAUAAAUUGACCUCAGUGGCAAAUAUAUUUGUCAAGAAAAUUAAGAGAAUGUGAGUAUGUAUGCAUAAUUUAGUAAAUGUGUAUCGACAAGUGCAAUAUAAGUUAACUGAAGCAGCAUA